CCAGGCCUCCCUCACCGCCGGGUGGGGCUCCCCUCCAGAGGCUGUUGGCCGAGCUCUGCACAGUUUCACGGCACGCUCAGCCCUGGCCGGACAGCCAGACGGAGCGGACACGCCUCUCAGCCCACAGGCAAGAACCGUCCGUCCCGGGAAGAUGCAGGUGUUCGUGAUGCUGCUGGCUGCAGGGGGCACCUGCCUGGGCCUGCUGGCGGCAGCUGCAGUGGCCGUCAACCCUGACCGACCCAACCCCCCCAGCUCGCUGCCCAUUCACCGGCGCCAGAAGAGAGACUGGAUCUGGAACCAGAUGCACAUCGAUGAGGAGAAAAACGGCUCACUGCCCCACUAUGUGGGCAAGAUUAAAUCAAGCGUGAACCGCAAGAACACCAAGUACCAGCUCAAAGGAGAGUCUGCCGGCAAGGUCUUCCAGGUUGAUGAGAGCACGGGGGACGUGUAUGCCUUUGAGAGGCUGGACAGGGAGAAGAUCUCUGAGUACCACCUCAUCGCCCUCGUGGUGGACAAGAACACUGAGAAGAACCUGGAGUCUCCUUCCAGCUUCACCAUCAAAGUUCACGAUAUCAAUGACAACUGGCCUGUGUUCACGCACCGGGUGUUCAAUACCUCCGUGCCCGAGAUGUCAGGGAUAGGGACCUCGGUCAUCCAGGUGACAGCAAUGGAUGCAGAUGACCCCACUGUGGCAGACCACGCCUCUGUCGUGUACCAACUCCUGAAGGGAGAAGAACAUUUCAGCAUCCGUGGUUCUGGACUAAUUGUCACAGCGAACAAAAACCUGGACCGAGAGAAGCAGGCCAAGUACGAGAUCGUGGUGGAAGCACGAGAUGCCCAGGGCCUCCGGGGGGAAUCGGGCACGGCCACCGUGCUGAUCUCUCUGCAGGACGUCAACGACAACUUCCCCAUCUUCACACAGUCCAGGUACAUGUUUUCUGUGCCUGAAGACAUCCGUGUGGGCAGCCCCCUGGGCUCUCUGUUUGUGGAGGACCCAGACGAGCCCCAGAACCGGAAGACAAAGUACAGCAUCGUGCAGGGCGAGUACAGGGACACCUUCACCAUCGAGCCUGACCCCAGCCGCAACGAGGGCAUCAUCAAGCCCAUGAAGCCCCUGGACUAUGAACGCAUCCGGCAAUACAGCUUCACCAUCGAGGCCACGGACCCCACCAUCGACCUCCGCUACCUGAGCAGCACCUCCACCAAGAACAUCGCCCGUGUCAUCAUCAACGUCACAGAUGUGGACGAGCCCCCCACCUUCCAGCAGCCCUUUUACCACUUCCAACUGCGGGAGAACCAGAAGAAACCUCUGAUCGGCUCAGUGCUGGCCGUGGACCCCGAUGCCGCUAAGCGGAGCAUCAGAUACUCCAUCCGCAGGACAAGUGACAAGGGCCAGUUCUUCGGAAUAACCAAGCAGGGGAAUAUUUACAAUGAGAAGGAGCUGGACAGAGAAGUCUACCCCUGGUGUAACCUGACAGUGGAGGCCAAAGAGCUGGAUUCUAGUGGGACCCCCACGGGCAAAGAAUCCAUUGUGCAGGUCCACAUCGAAGUUUUGGAUGAGAACGACAAUGCCCCAGAGUUUGCCAAGCCCUACGAGCCCAAAGUGUGUGAGAACGCUGCCCAGGGCAAGCUGGUCGUGCAAAUCUCGGCAAUAGACAAGGAUAUAACACCACGAGAUGUGAAGUUCAAGUUUUCCCUGAGCACUGAGGACAGCAACUUCACCCUCACGGAUAAUCACGAUAACACGGCCAACAUCACAGUCAAGUACGGGUAUUUUGACCGAGAGCGCGCCAAGGUCCACCACCUGCCCGUGCUCAUCUCGGACAACGGGAGGCCAAGCCUCACAGGCACCAGCAUGCUGGAUGUGACCGUGUGCAAGUGCAACGAACGCGGCGAGUUCACCUUGUGUGAGGAGGCGGCCGCCCAGGUGGGCGUCAGCAUCCAGGCGCUGGUAGCUAUCUUCCUCUGUAUCCUCACCAUCACAGUGAUCACCCUCCUCAUCACCCUGCGGCGGCGGCUCCGGAAGCAGGCCCGCGCCCACGGCAAGAGCGUGCCGGAGAUCCACGAGCAGCUGGUCACCUAUGACGAGGAGGGCGGCGGCGAGAUGGACACCACCAGCUACGACGUGUCGGUGCUCAACUCGGUGCGCCACGGUGGGACCAAGCCCCCGCGGCCGGCGCUGGACACGCGGCCGUCCCUCUACGCACAGGUGCAGAAGCCGCCGCGGCACGCGCCUGGGGCGCACGGGCCCGGGGAGAUGGCCGCGAUGAUCGAGGUGAAGAAGGACGAGGCGGACCACGACGGCGGCGGCCCACCCUACGACACGCUGCACAUCUACGGCUACGAGGGCGCCGAGUCCAUCGCCGAGUCCCUCAGCUCCCUGGGCACCGAUUCAUCUGACUCGGACAUCGAUUAUGACUUUCUCAAUGACUGGGGGCCCAGGUUCAAGAUGCUGGCCGAGCUGUAUGGCUCGGACCCCCGGGAGGAGCUGAUGUAUUAGGGGACCGCGGGCCUCUGGGCCUGGGUAGCUCAGGCUAGUCGGACACGGGCACUGAGCCCUCCAAUCGUAGCACUCAUGUCCCAGCCUAACAGCCCUUCCUCAUGGGUCCCAGAGACCUCACCAUCUUGGAUGGCAAAAUCCAAGUCCCUGAAAUGUCCAGGAACGUAUUUCAGUGAUGGCUACUCCCAAAACGCUGAAAAACACCAGGCUGGUGUUCUGUCUGGGCUGAGACAUCCACAUAACCCUGUCACCUGCGACCACGGGUCCAACUCAGAGACUUUCUCAGUCUUCUCAAAGCAGAUUACGCUCAACUGCCAGGCGGAGGUCUUCCCCUGAGGUCCCUGAACCCCUAGUGGGGGGCGGCUGGGGGGGGGGUCCUGGUGCCUGUCACCUGGAGGCAAGGGGCUGGAUGGCAUGACUGUGGGGCAAGACUCUCUGUAGCCCAGUCCCCCAGGAGACUGGGCCCGCCCCCCAGGCCUGCCCUGCUUUAGCUUCCUCACACCCUCCCAAGACCCCCAGCAUUCUGCAGCCUCUCCCCAGGCCUGUCAAAAGGAAGGAAGGGCCUCUUGACAUCUCCCGACCUUGGGUCUUGAGGUGACCUCGCUGGCCUGCCAUGCCUGUAACUAUGCUGUACUGGGUACUGAAAAUUCAUCCAAGGUCAGGGAAAUGGCUCGUUGAACUUUAAAGCAACUGUGAAUUCAUCCUGGAGGGACAGUGGAGACCAAACGAGACCACAGAUCAUAGGGUGAGGGCCACCUCCACACCCACUCCCUCCAGAGAGGACCAGGAGUCGCUGUGACCCCAAUUUGACACUCACGACACCCCUCCAGUUUUGCCUGGGAAGUAGGGCAGAUGUUUCCGGAGCAGAAGACCUCUCCCUGCCUCGCCCGGUCACUCAUUCAUGCUCUUUCUUUUUUCUUUCUCUCCAUCUACUCUUGAUCUCUUGACUUAGAGGCACUUAAGGUGUGACCCACAUCAACUCUGGCCAAAGUCCAAACCCAAACAUGACUGCGCAACACAGCUGUGUCAUUUGCCUUUACACCUCGUUGUUGCCACAUCUCAGGGAACCCCAGCAGGGCCCCAUCCCUACAGAAGGCAAGGCCCCUGCUCAGGCCCAGUGGUCACCUGUUCCUCUUCCACCUUCAGCCACGUACGGAACUUUCCACUGCAAACACACCUUAGGGAAGUGGCAUCACUCAACGGGGGUGCGGGGAAGGAGGCAAACUCUCUGACUCACCAUUUGUCAUGGACCGAGGUUCCUGCUCUGGGCAAGGCCCCUCAAUUCAGGGGACUGUAGAUAACACUGACUUUUUAUUUUUAACCAAUAACAAGUUUUUCAUAUAUUUUUUUUUUACUAAUAAUACUUAUACAUUUCUAGCUCUCACAAACAUAUAGAAUAGGGUUUUUGCAUAAUAAGCAGGUUGCUAUUUAGGUUAACAAUUUUAAUUCAGGUUUUUUAGUUGGAUAAACAAAUUCCUGUAACCUUCUAUUUCCUAUCAUUGUAGUAAUUGCCCUAGUGAUAAUGACUAUAUAUAUAUUGGCUACACUGGUGCAUGGGACAUACUGUAUUUUUUUAUAACUAAAUAAAGAAAAAUCUU